ACUGGGGCGUGCUCUACUAUUUUGUUGGCGGCUGAGCAUAGUUUAAAUCUAGCCGCUCGGUACCGGUAGCUCGGAACCAUGUCUCGGUUUAAGAGAGGAGCAAGAGGCGCUGGACCUCGGAGUGGCUUUCGUGAAGAGGAAAAAGAGCCGUCUGUACCCCAGGGACUAAUCAAGGCGGCCCGGAAAAGCGGUCAAUUAAACCUGUCAGGGAGAGGCCUGACUGAGGUUCCUGCUAGUGUGUGGCGAAUAAAUUUGGACACUCCUGAAGAGGCUCAUCGAGAUAUUUCAUUUGGUGGUGAUGACCGUUGGUGGGAGCAGACUGACCUGAGCAAGUUGAUUUUGGCUUCAAAUAAACUUCAGAUUUUGUCAGAGGAUAUCAAGCUUCUCCCUGCCCUCGUAGUACUUGAUGUACAUGACAAUCAGCUAACAUCUCUUCCUAGUACCAUAGGCGAGUUGACAAACCUACAGAAGUUAAAUAUCAGCCAUAAUAAACUAAAAUUGUUGCCUAAAGAACUGGCGCAGUUACAGAACUUGAAGAGUCUUUUUCUUCAGCACAAUUCAUUGGAAGAAAUACCAGAGGAACUUGGACAACUAUACCUUUUGGAAGAGUUGGAUCUUUCUAACAACUGUUUAAAGAACAUUGAUGGAAUUGGUCACCUGACUGGCCUUGGUCGGCUCAAUGUAUCCCAAAACAAACUGAAGACCUUUCCCGCAGAAGUUGGUCAUAUGAAAAGUCUCAGGUUGUUGGAUUGCACUUCAAAUAUUCUAGAAAGUUUACCUGCUCAGUUGGCUGGCAUGGAAUCUUUGGAACAGCUUUACUUGCGACAGAACAAGCUGACAUAUCUGCCUGAACUCCCAGGAUGCAGUCGAUUAAAGGAGUUACAUGUUGGUAAUAACCAAAUUAACACACUAGGCCCUGAACAUCUCAAGCAUUUGAGUUCUAUCUCCGUUUUGGAACUCAGAGAUAACAAGCUGAAAACACUUCCUGAGGAAAUAGCAUUACUACAAGGAUUGGAAAGACUUGAUUUAACAAACAAUGACAUUGGAAGUUUGCCUUAUGCACUUGGUAAUCUUCCAAACUUGAAAUCACUGCAGUUAGAAGGAAAUCCUCUGAGAAGUAUUAGAAGGGAUCUCUUGAGUAAAGGUACUCAAGAACUUCUGAAGUAUUUGAGAAGUAGAAUUCAAGCCUCAGAUGCAAUCAAUCAAAAUGAGGGGCACACAGUUACUGCCAUGACCUUGCCAAGCGAUUCCAUUGUAAACGUGCAUGCUAUCAGCACAAUGAAAACCUUAGAAUAUUGUGAUAAGCAAGGAUCUGCCAUUCCUGAUGCAAUAUUUGAUGCCGUUGGAAAUAAUCCUAUUAGUAUCAUAAAUUUCAGCAAGAAUCAGCUAACCGAUGUACCACCAAGAAUAGUUGAGUUGAAGGAUUCCGUAUGUGACCUUAACCUUGGCUUUAAUAGAAUCACAUCUUUAUCCUUGUAUCUUUGUAUAUUUAAUGCAUUUUCUUUUCUUUACACAGAAACAAUUUUUUGAGCUUCUCUACCUGCUGAAAUAGAAGCACUUACAAGGCUGCAGUCAGUAAUCCUGUCUUUUAAUAGGUUUAAAACGUUUCCUGAGGUUCUCUAUCGAAUUCCAACUCUGGAAACAAUUCUUAUCAGCAGUAAUCAGAUUGGCUCAAUUGAUCCUCUGCAAUUACAAAAACUUAGCAAGCUUUCAACUCUGGACCUUCAGAAUAAUGAUCUUCUGCAAAUUCCACCAACCCUGGGAAACUGUGAAAAUCUCAGAGCUCUACAUCUUGAUGGCAACCCGUUUCGAAAUCCUCGUGCAGCUAUUCUUGCAAAAGGAACUGCAGCUGUACUUGAAUAUUUAAGAAGCCGCAUUCCCUCUUAAUUAAAUUCAAGAGCAUGAAAAAAUAUAUAAACAUAUUAAUUCCUUUCAAAUUUGUUUGUAAUUUUUUUUGCAUGUAUCUAAUAGUUUAUAUGCAGUACUAGCGACUUUCAUUAUGUCUCAACAGUAUAUCUUUUAUAUAUAUAUAUAUAUAUAUAUAUAUAUGUAUAAACAUUGCUUUAAAAUUAUUUCCUCUGUAGCAUUAGAGGAUUUGGGUCAUGCAGAUAUAAAAAUGAGUUGUGUUUGCAAUAUUUAAACAUUUAACUCAAUCUUUCAACUUUGCCAAAUUUCCUUAAAAGUUGUUUUUUUUUUUUGUUUUGUUUUUUAUCAUGAUAUAAUCAGGUUAGUUCUAUUAGUAAGAAACGCUAUUCUCCAGUUUCUUGAAUAUGGAAUCGAUUCUACCAAUUGCUUCUGGAUUAUAAUUAAGAAUUCUAUACAAAACUAAGGUUUUUACAUGUUUAAUAUGUUGUUUAAAGCACUUAUUGUUACCAUAAUUUUGAUAAAAUAAAAUGAAAUACGACUACUGUUAUGAGUAUUUACACCGAACACUAAAAAUAAAAUGUUAUUUAAAAAGUU